GCGCCCUCAGAAUUCGAGACGAUACGUUUCGCGUUUUCGGAUUUCAAAGCUUACAGCCAUGGUAGACUUGUUAAAAAUGCUCCUCCGCUGAACAAGUCCAAUCUCGGCUUUGGUAUCCAAGUGUUUGGGGGCGUGUUCGAAUCAUUUAAGCAAUCUGGGCCUGGCAGUCUCCAAAUAAAUUGGGUGCGGGUCUACAAAUCCCAUCAGCAAAGCCCUCUAGUGCCAAGCCUUCUUAAUGGAUUUAAGGAGGAUGGCCUUCUUUUUGAUUUCAGAACUUCACAUGAUUUUUCGAAGUGGAGCGAAGUCUCUGAUACAUUCCGCUCAGCCGGAAGUUCCACUUUUCGCCUUGGAUCCAAGGCCAUGAUUACAUCACACAAGGGAACUUAUAAAAUAAGUGGCGGUGAAACUGCCCAGAAUUCCACAUGUGCAAUCUUCUUCUACUUAUUAGAUCCACUACCGAACGGCGCUUGUUUCGCAAGUGUAACAUACAAGGGUAACCGAUGGGACUUGAGUGACUACGAUGGAAUCGAGGCCGAAUUACGCCGUACAGGGUCCAAUGAGUGGUUUAAGUUCGUUCUUGACCAGGAGCACAACUAUGAAAAGCAGUUCCAGGUAUGUUUCUUGCAAACCCUGUUCGUGCCAGCGUCUCAGUAUUUUGAUUCGCGUACUUAA